AUGUCCCGCGAACAGCACAUCCCCACCCACACUCCCCUCCAAGACUCUUACGAGUUCAUCUCCUACGAAAUAAUCAUGAACUCCAAAGUCGACCUGAUAACCAACAAGAUGGACCGCACCACAGUUGGCCGCUACGUCACUGGCAUCCGCGGGACGUGCGACUGGGACGAUGCAGGCAACUUUUGCAGCUACGAGGAGUGUCAUCCAUCCGGGAAGUGGGAUUUCAAUCGCAUGGUCUGGUCGAUCCGGUACGACAACAACGUGGAGCGGAGUAAGCCGUUCGGGUUUCAUGUGAACACAAUGAAAGAACUGAAACGCAUGUGGGGUGAUGGCACUAGACAUAGGAUGGAGUACCACGUAGUGGCGUUCUAUCAUCCGGAGCUGACGGUGUCGGCGCCGGAGUCAGAGGUCUAUUACCUCUCUGUGCGAAACGAUUUGACCAACCAUACAGGGUGGGACUGGAAAUGGAACAGUGCAACGGAGACAGACAGGGUUCAUUGUGCGGAAAUGGUGCGGUAUCUGUGGACACAUUUACACUAG